AUGCGUUUCUUCCAGACCCUCGUCGCUCUCCCCCUUAUCGCAGGCGCCGUCGCCAGCCCUCUCGACGCACGCGCUACCCUCGAAAACUGCACUCCUGAGGGAAAGCAAACGAUCGACAACGCACUUUCCCAAGCAGCAAAGAUGGCCCAAGCCGGCGCGAACCUCAUCCGCAGCAAUUCUGACUACUCGGCCAACCUGUUCCAGAGCUUCUUCAAGACCAACGACGCCCAGUCCCGCAACCGCGUCGCCGGUGUCUUGGACAAGAUCGCCACGGAGGCCACGAACGGAAACCAGGGAGUCGUGACCUACUACUGCACUCCGGAGGGCAUCGACUGCGUUGACACCCACGCUUUCACUAUGACUGCCUACGGCGAGACGGACGGAACCUACGGACGUAUCCGGACCUGCCCUGCCUACUUUACCAAGUUCCCUGCGUGGUCGGACUCCUGCAGUGUUCUGGAUCAGGCCACCUCUAGCUUGCACGAGAUGGCCCAUACCAAGGGCAUCUUCGGUCCUGAGACGUAUGGCUAUGAUGCUGUGCAUGGUUUGAGCUCUUCUGCUGCUCUUGAGAAUGCUGAGAGCUAUGCUUUCUUCUCCAAGUGUAAGGUUUUCCAAGGUUUCCACGAAUAA